CACACACACACACACACGUCCGGACUCAUCAUGGCUUGGGUUUGGCUGCAGAUGGUCUCGUGCCUCGGCUCCCUGCUGCUCCUCAGUCACCGCGCCUCCUCUGCAGCUGACGGCUCCCGCAGGUGCAUCAGCAGGAGACACUGGGACAAGCUCAGUCUCUUGCUUUCCUCGCCGCCGCCGCCCGGCGAGGAAAACAAGCGCACCUGCGCCCAAGCGGGAGGGGACGCGAGUAAACGCUCUCUGGCCCCGUGGAGGUACAAAGUGGACAGAGACGUGGACAGGAUCCCUCCUAACAUGGCCUUUGCAGAGUGCCUGUGUCAAGGCUGUGUGGUGAACCAGCGUGAGGACCUGAGCUACAACUCUGUGCCUGUGAUGGUGCAGGUGAAGGUGCUGAGGAGAACACAGUGUCCAACCAAGAAGCACAAGCACAAGUAUCUGCUCACCAUCGACUCCAUCAAAGUCCCCGUGGCCUGCAUGUGUGUCAUCCCCAAAUCCAACAAAUGAUUACUGCCAUCAGACACUUAUUGACAAAAUAAUCCAUCGUUAACUGGGUUGAGUUGGUUUAUCUCAGUGAAUCAAACCUCUCAUUAAGGGUUUCUUGUUUUGUUUUCUUUAUUUUGCUCAGAUUGAGGUUAUCACAA